UCUGGCUCUCUGCCCCUAGUUGAUUUCACCAUCACCACCGAGUAGAGUAACAGCCAACAUUUUCAUGUUCGAAGAAGCUUUGUUUGCUGUGAAAGAUAGUUUUUUGAAGAUGAAAGACCCUCCAUUGGUGAAAGCUGCAGUGGUAAAAGCAAUAGAUCUUUAGACUAAGUAAAAUUAACUCACAGCUCAUUUUGUUUCCCUCUUUACUGUUUAGUUGCUUCAAAUUUUAGAAAAAAAAGUUGAUCUGUGGCAGAAGGGUGAAGCAAGAAAAAAAUGGGGUGUUGGUACUCAAGGAUCGAUAGGGAAGAGAUUGUUUCGCGUUGCAAGGCGAGAAAGAGAUACAUGAAACAGUUGGUUAAAGCAAGACAAGCUCUUGGUGCUUCACAUUCUAUGUAUCUACGCUCUUUACGAGGCACAGGCUCAGCUCUCCUUCAGUUUUCCAGCAAUGAAACUACUACCCACUCCCACCACCAUACUACUCCGCCGCCUCAACAGCCGGCAUUGCCGCCGCCAAUGAGUCCUAGUUCAGACACUUGGACAUCUGCUAACACGGCCUCCCCUGUUCUGCCGCCGCCUUCUCCUCCUCAAUCCAGUAACUGGGACUUUUGGGAUCCAUUUGUUCCAGCUACAGAGUCACGGUCAGCCACAGAGGAGGAAUGGGAGGCUUCCACGUCAGUGCCUGAGGUGGCGGUCACCGCUACAAACCCCACGACCAGGGCUGCAAGCAUGGCACCGCCCCCUUCUGUGGUGAGUGGGUUCUCGAAAGAUACGGGAAGUGAGCUUGCUAUGGUGGUGUCGAGGAAUAGUAAAGAACUGGUGGAGAUCGUGAAAGAGGUCGAUGAGUAUUUUCUUAAAGCUGCUGAUGCUGGUAGCCAGCUCUCGUUGCUGUUAGAAGUUUCAAAUUCCAAUUUUCCUGCUCAAAGUAAAGUGUAUAACUAUGGUUGUAAUCUGACUACAACAACUUGGGCAUGGAAUCGAAAUUCAAAAAUGGAAGGAACUGGGAAGUUGGGAGGCGAUAGGACGGGAGAAAAUGGAAAUGUAGGUGGUACUAUUCUUAACAGUAGCCAUUCUUCUACUAUAGAGAGAUUGUAUGCUUGGGAGAAGAAAUUAUACGAAGAGGUCAAGACUGUGGAGACUAUAAGGAUGGAACAUGAGAAGCGGGUGGCCCAAUUGAGGAAGCUGGAGUUGAAGAGAGCUGACUAUGUCAAGACUGAAAAGACUAAGAAAGAGGUUGAAAAAUUAGAAUCCCAAAUGAUGGUUUCUUCACAGGCCAUUGAGACCAUAUCAGCGGAAAUCAUCAAACUGAGAGAGUCAGAGCUUUAUCCUCAACUCCUGGACCUUGUAAACGGGUUGAUGUGGAUGUGGAGAAGCAUGUACGAAAUUCACCAAGUUCACACACACAUAGUUCAGCAGCUCAAGUACCUUAACUUUAUGCCUUCUAACGAGCCAACAUCUGAGAUUCACAAGCAAUCAACUCUCCAGCUCGAGCUUGAAGUCCAGCAGUGGCAUUCUUCUUUCUGCAACUUAGUCAAGGCUCAACGAGACUACAUUCAGUCCCUAGCAGGUUGGCUCCGGCUUAGCCUUUUCCAGUUCAGCAAAGACCCACUUUUAAGAAACAAUGAGGAAUCGAAAAUUUACUCUUUUUGUGAAGAAUGGCAUCUUGCAAUUGACAGAAUUCCAGAUAAGGUAGCGUCUGAAGGAAUCAAGAGCUUCUUGACAGUAAUUCAUGCCAUCGUGGUCCAGCAAGCAGAAGAGUAUAAGCAAAAAAAGAAGGCAGAUUCUGCUUUGAAAGAUUUUGAGAAGAAGGCAGCUGAACUUAGAUCACUGGAAAGUAAGUAUGGCCCAUUUUCCUCCAUGCCUGAAAUGAACAAGUACCCUGUUGUAGAAAAACGAACAAAGGUGGAAAUGUUGAGAGCAAAGGCUGAAGAGGAGAAGAAUAAACAUGAGAAGUCAGCGAGUGUAACAAGAGCAAUGACUUUAAACAACCUACAAAUGGGGUUUCCUCAUGUCUUCCAGGCAAUGGUAGGAUAUUCAAGUGUAUGUAUGCAAGCAUUUGAAUCUGUCUACAAUCAAGCCAAGGGUAUUGAUCAGCAACAUGAUGUGAAGAGAAUACUUCCUUGAGAAAAGACUAACACUCUUGGAAUCAAAAUGAUGCUACCACUGAUACGUGUUCGGUAUUUGGAUCAAAGUCCAGACACGGAAGAAAAUUCCAGUCAAGUAGGAGUGUAGAAUUGUAUACCUUGUUUUAUUUCGUCAUUGGAAAGUGUUGAAUGCUUUGCAAGUUUCUGUUUAAAACCCUUUUUUGUUUGCCUUCUGAAUCAUGAAAUUAUGUUUUGGUAAUGAAUUGCUCCGAGAGCAACCAAGUGAAGCACUUGUAUUGCUUGAGAUUACAAGAA